UUCGAUUUAUAUCUUUUGCGAAGUCGUAUAGUGGGAAACCUUAGCUCAAACAUAAUAAAAUCGACAUUCCUGUUACGGUAAAGAGUCAAUCUAAUCAAAUUAGGAUUAAACCAGAUCCUUAAUACGCUUUUCAUUAAGCAAAAAUCUCCAAUGAAACAGUUUGCGUCACAAAACCACGCCUGUUAAUUUAUCUAAACCAAUCGUAUUGUUGUACAGGUGAAAAGGAGGCGAGAUCAAACAACACACACAAGCAUCAACCAUUUACCUGUUCAAUACUUGAGGCCAGCAAGUUGCUUGCCGAAGAAGAGGGACUCAACACCACCACAAAGCUUCGACCUCUACAGCGCUCCCCAUCAGUCAGGUGCAAAAGCUCUCUGGGCUUCGACUUCUUCUGCCGUGUCUUUGCGAACCGUUCAAAUUACUUUUUUGAAUACAACUGUUGUAAAGUGUAGUUCUUUUGGACAAUGUGAAAAAAAAAGCGAAAACUAAUACCAUUAGAGGGUGUUAUUUUAUUUGGAAUUACCAACAGCAGUAUCUUAUCAUGAUGACAUCAGCGAAGAAAUCCUGACGCUCUUGACGGUUCCUUCGCUGAGAAUUCUUGAAGAUGCCUCGGCUAGAGUAUCUAUCUCAGUAUGUGGGGUCUUCUACAUCUCCUUCGCGAUCACCACCCACCUCGCCAUCAACUAGUCCUAUGCCAGGUGUAUCAUCGGGGGCUAUAAGUCCUUUCUCCACGAAGUCGCGAUGCAGCGCAUUUUCUUUAGUUUAUCCAAAGCAGAUACAUGCCAAAGGUCUUCAAUCAGCGAGAGAAAUAAGUGCUGUAAUGUAUGGGCCACAUUCUUUUAGUCAACUUGCCCCCACCGUUUAUACCCCUUACGUGUGGUCUCAUCUGCCAAAUCUUAUAUUUCCUUACCCAACCCCUGACAAACCUGUUAAAUCGUACAAUUCGUCCCAUGUUACUCGUAUAGAUCCAAACUGCAAAACCAGGAAAGAAAAGAAUGCUGAUGACAUGCCUCUGAACUUAUCGUUAAAAGGGCGAACGAGAUCGCACAGCAUUUGGUCACCUGGAAGUUUAUGUGAACAAGAAGUGAACUCGAAAUCGGAUGUGAAUCUGUGUACGAACGUUAACGGUAAUAGUUUAAUUACGACUAGUGUAGAUAUAAUAAACUUAAGUAAAUGUGACAAUAAAAGAAACUGUAACGUGAACAUUAAUGAAGUUAGAAGAAGGUGGAAUUCCCCCGAACAAGCGAACAAUUCUACAACCCAAAUAGGACCUGUUGGAGAAAAAACAUUCACUUUUUGUUUUCAGUGUCAGCAAUGUGGAAAAACAUUUAAAAGAUCCUCAACCUUAUCUACGCAUUUAUUAAUACAUUCAGACACGCGACCAUACCCUUGUCAGUUUUGCGGGAAGAGAUUCCAUCAGAAGUCCGACAUGAAGAAACAUACGUACAUACAUACCGGUGAAAAACCUCACAAAUGCGUGGUUUGUGCUAAGGCGUUUAGUCAAUCCUCGAAUCUCAUAACUCAUAUGCGAAAACAUACGGGGUAUAAGCCUUUUUCGUGCGGUCUCUGCGACAAAGCGUUUCAAAGGAAAGUGGACUUACGUAGACAUCGUGAAUCUCAACAUCCGUCUGAAGAAGAACCUGUAGCAGCUUUUACAAGACUACACUCGCGUGAUCCAAAACUGUUUGAGUUAUUACCUCAACAAGAAGAUGGCAAACCGGAAGUUAGCAGCAGCAGCGGAGGCAGCUUUUAAGUCUGAUUUUGGCCUUUCUUCUAAUAUACAUGCAUAUUCAUAGAGGGUGGAUUAUAAUUGGAUCAAAACAUUUUUCAAUUAUAAUAGCGUACGUAUUGUAACUUUUGUGUUGAAAAGGUUGAUUUUGUACUAUUUUUAAUUGAAUUCUACCGUACUUUUUACGCUGGUCUUUCGUAUCUUAGACCACUUUUUGUACCUAAUGUACAGAUAUUAUUUAGUGAGUAAACUUUAACACGUCAGUUUUAAUGUGCAGCUACGUUUUCAUGGCGAUUUCUUCAUAGCGAAAGGUCAAUAGGAUUGCUUAGGAAAAAUCAUAAGCUAUUUGCGUAAAUUGCAUAUCCUAAGUCCACAUUUAUGAUUUUAUGUGCUAGUUGCUUUGUGCCAUAUUAUUGGGUAUUAUAUUUCAAAAUACAAACGAAGGAAUUUUAAACCUUGAUGUUAGUUGGCCGCUAAUUCGUUAAUUUCUUCUAUAACACAUUAUUUUACUCUCUAGUUUGAGAAAAAAUCUACUUUUUGCAUAAAAAAUAAGUAUUGAUUCGUGUAAUAACAUAUUGCAAAGAGGACACAAAGUCGUCGUUUCAGCAAAUUAGCCAUUAUAAUUAAAAAUUAUGCCGGUUUAUUAUCGGACACAGUUGCGUGUAAAUUGGUUUUGUCUAGUUGACAGAUGACAAAGAUACUCAUAUUUUACUACCGUUUUCAUUACUAAACGAUAAUAUCGUAAUUACAAGAAAGGUCUUAGUUCGUGCUGACAUCGCUUGUGUAUGUUAACAAAUUAAUAUUUUUAUAGCGCAUUGACGCUAUUAACAAAAGUCCAUUCCUGAUAGUAAGAUUCAUGACAAUGGUCAAUUAGAAACAAUAGCCAGUUGACGAAAUUUGUUUUGAUAGCACCACAGACAUAGGCAUAUACAGGGACAAGAGGCGUAAAGCCCUCAGGGGAAGAUGUUUUGCUUAGGGUUUAUUGGUUACACUUCUGCGUCUGGUAGAGUUAAGCCAAUAGAGUCUAGGCACCUGCUACCUGACUGUUUUCGCUUGACUGCUUCCUACCCUAUUAUUCCUAUGUCAAUGGGAAAUUGUGAGGGUUGAUGACCUAUUUGUUUAAUUUGGUUUUAUGAAAAAAGCACUUCACGAAAUUUAUCAACAAUUAUUUUAUAAUUUCCCAAAACUGUUUAUUAUUAUAUCACAUACAUCGUAUUUGUAGUCAUUUGUAAAUUUGUAAUAUUGUGAUGUUAGAUUUUAAUGCUAGGUACUAAUUUUAUUGUAUAAGAUGUAAAUAAUUAUAUGUUUAAUUACCAAUUGUACAAAUAAAAAGACAAAGAUAGAACACGUUACAUUUUAACAAAAAUUAAAAUUUGCAUAUUUGCACUUACAGCUUAAGUUUGAGUACUUAAUAAUUUGGAUUCUAGCUACGUUUUGGAUGAAUUUUACAAAACCCUCAUGCAGCUAAAGACCAAAGAUAGUUUAAUGUUGUAGUGAUAAGUAUUUAUUUAUUGUUGUAUUGAAGUAAUUAUUAUAAUAAAAUACCUUCAAGUGCCUUUAACUUUAAGCGUCUAGUUAAUUGUAAAUAUUAUGCGUAUUUAAAUGUGUGGUACAACUGUAACGUUUUAUUUAUUAAAGAAAAUUUGUAUUG